UCUUUACCGGCCCGAUCAAAGCCGUUCCGUCAGUCUGCUCCGCCUUCCGGGAUCCGUGCCCGCCCGAGUGGACGUUCGGCUGGCAUCUUUAUAGGCAGUAGCAACGAAGGAUGAGCGGAGGCCUAGGAAAGGUGCUGUUCCUGAGGAAUGAUCCCAUUUUCAAACAAGCCAUUCCCCUCUUCAGGUGCAGAACUUUAGGAGAGAAUCCCAUCUGUUCUAUAGGUGGCUUUCUGCUGAAUACCAGUCGGCACUACAGAUCAAAGCCCACCCAUGGCAUUGGAAGAUACAAGCAUUUAAUUCAAGCACAAGAGACCAGGAAGAAGGGAAAAGUGGAAGUGAGACCCAUUAAUCUGGGGACAGAUUAUGAGUAUGGUGUUGUAAAUGUUCACCUGAUUGCGUAUGACAUGGCCCUAGCAGAGAGUUAUGCCCAGUAUAUUCACAACCUUUGCAACCAUUACUCCAUUAAAGUCGAGGAAAGUUACGCAAUGCCCACAAAAACCACGGAGUUGUUGCGGCUGCAAGACCAAGGCAACAAAAUGUUCCUGGACUCAGUCCUGACCACCCAUGAGCGAGUGGUGCAGAUCAGUGGGUUGAGUGCUACAUUUGCAGAGAUUUUCUUGGAGAUAAUCCGAAGCAAUCUUCCUGAAGGAGUCAGAUUGUUAGUGAAGGAGCACACUGAAGAAGAUUUCAAAGGAAGGUUCAAAGCUCGACCAGAACUGGAAGAACUGUUGUCCAAGUUGAACUAGCUCCCGGGAGAUCCUCAGUGCCAGCACUGGGGGAGUGAGUGCUAAGAAGAGCAGAGUGAAGCAGGAGACCGUGGCCCUUAUAGAUCAGAAGUUCACAUUCUCACCAUCCAGGAUGCCUCUUCUCCUCUGUGGUCCAGCUGUGCUUGCCAUUUGUCAACCAGUUUCCUUUGAGCUAACCUGGGUAUCCUCAAUCUAAUAAAGAUCUAUGAAGUUG